AUGUCAUUCUCCCUCCCUUCUUCGCCCAAGAUCAAAUCAAAAUUCUCUCGCUCUUCUGGCUCUGUACCCUCACCUGCUCCUGCUCUCCUUUCUACUCCUCUUCCAGCUUCUCAUCCACUGAUAGCUGAGCUCACUUCACUUCGACAACAACUGAGUCAGUACCAGAAAGCAGCUCAUCAAGCUUCAAUACAGCUUCAAGGUAUCAGAUUGGAACUUGCUUUGAGUAGAGAAAAGGAAGACAAAGCACAUAGAGAAAAGGAAGGACUGAAAAGGGAAGUUGAGGUUUUGCGGUCGAAUCCCUUACCUCCAGCACCGGCACCUUCAUCUAAUUCACUUACAGAGCUAUCUCUUGCGCAUAGGAGGCUAUCCUCGAAACUGGAUUUAACAGAAUCGGAAUUAUCUUCGAUUCAUUUAGAAUUGGCUAAAUCUCAACAGGAGAUACAGAGAUUGAACAAAGAGAGAGAAGGUGAUAGAGCUAUCAUCAAUGAAUUGAGGAGAAUCGAAGAUGAUAGAGAGGAAGAAUUAGAAUGGGAAAGGGGGGAAAGGAAAAGAAUCGAAGAGCAGAAGAAAUUGUGUGACUUGGCUCUAGCAGAAUAUUCAACUCUAGUUCAAUCCCUUAACCCAACUGCUAUUCCACCUCCGACUCCCUCCAAAUCAGUGUCAUCAAUAUUCCAUACUCCAGCUCUACAACGUCUUUCUCUUGAUGGACAACCAUCUAAUGCUCAUACAGAACAUGACAUUUCUUCUUUGACAUCGACAGUGGUAACAACGCCAUUACCACUUACUUCUGACAACGUAUCACCGUUGUCACCAGGAGAAGUAAUAUCUAAUCUGUUGAUUGGACAAAAGGGUGUUCAACAAUUGUUUCAGGAUUUCACUUCGUUCUUAGUAUCGAAAGAUAAACACAUACAUUCUAUCGAAUCCAAAUUAGAAGAACUGGAACAUUCUUUCCUUGUAUCACAAGAUCAAUUGAAGGUUGAGACUUCUCUAAGGGUAGAAGCUGAGUUGGAAAGAGAUAGAGCUUUGAGAGAUGAUGAAAGCGCUUCGAAAGUGGUGGAAAGAUACAUGACUUUCACACAAAAGACACAUCAAACACUUCAUAUGCAUCUCAAAAACCUUCGGACAAGAAGUCAAGCUACGAUGACAAGUCUAAGAGAAGAAUCAACGAAUCUCAAAAAAGAAAUAACGAUGGAAAAUGAGAAAAGCCUAAAAAUGAAGUCUGCAUUAGACGAAAUAAACGAAGGUCUAGCAAGGGAAUCCGCAGGAAGACGUCGAGAGACUGCUUUGAGACUGAAAAUGCUGUCGAACGAAGAGAAGAAAGAAAGGAAGAUUGAAAACUGGUUGAAUAAAGUUAGAAUCACAAGAGAAGGUGUCGAAGGUGCUGUUGUAGAAGCUGAUAUAUUGGAAAGUCUAUUAGAUGAAGGUGUAGAAGCUGUUUCGUCUGAAGGAUCAGAAGGUGAUUUGAGUAAAGACAAAACUAGAUCAUGGAGAGGCUUCAACAUUAUGACUAAAAAAAGUAGAGGUAACUCGAAACUAUCGGAAAAUGUAUCCGAAAGGAAUUUCGAAGAAGAAUCUUUAGCGAGAAUAUUGCUUGCCGAAGAACUGGUCACUACUCUGGUGGCGGAUUUGCAGAGUGAAUCUGAAAGAAGAAUGGAACUUGAGCGCCAAAGGGUCGAAUGGCUAGCCAAAGAGGCUGUCGAGGGUGUCAAGGUUCAUCAGGAAGAUCAAGAAGCUGAUGCACAUGUUGUGUUUGAUCUGGAAGAUCAUGACCAUGAAUACCGUCAAGAUCGCAAUGGAAAGGAUAGGUUGAUCCCGCUUAUGAAUACCGAAGAUGAAGGAACCAAACCGACAGAUCCAGUAUCAACUUCAUACGAAUCUAUUCAGUCACCUUCAUCGGAGCUCCCCCUUACACCAACCUCACCAGAACUGGAGUCCUCGCCGCUGGGGUGGCAAUUGCAAGAAUUAUUUAGUCCUCUGACAGCUCGAUACACUCCUCUUCAAAAGACACUUCACGAUCUGACACAUUCUUUAACUGUUCUGCGCUCAACUCUGCCAACUCUUGGAUCUCCAAUACCGAUCUCACCGAAAUCGAGUAAAAAGUCACAUUAUAUCAAUCUGUCAAGAAUCUCUCCAUUCCCUUCAUCGGAUCCUACUUUACUUGCUAUACUUGAUGGUCUACAUGAAGUCAUUGAAGAUGCUAGAGUAGAUGUUGAGAUUGCUUUAGCAGAUCAUGAGCGUGUUUACAGAGGAUUCGAAGCAUUAUUGAAUGUGGGUAAAGGGAAGAAAGAAAACACAAUGGACGAAGUCAGAGAAUACGUCGAUGCAAAGAACGAUGAGAAUGAUGAUGGCUGGAAUAGAUUGAGGCUGAGAGUGGAGAGAAUCGAGAACGAUUUAGCUGAAAUCAAAAGAGUAAUACAUGAGAUGGAAGGUAUGGAAGUGACUCAUUGGGAUCAAACUCACCUUGAAUCUGAAGAUAGAAAAUCUAAGAAGAUCAUAUGGGAAGGAAUCAAUCUGCAAACAGUCUCUAUACCUUCACAUACUCGAUCAUCAAUAUUGAACUUGUCACCUGUUAAUUCACCACUCAAUUCUCCGUCAAUUGAUGGAUUACCCUCUUCUGCUUCCAUACAUGGGAACGGUAAUGGAUUUGACCCAAUACGUAAAACCUCAAACAUGUUUUCUUCGGUGGGCAACGUAGGCAGAAGUUUCUCAAGUAGCGUUAUUGGUGCUCCUAGAAGAGUCAGUGGUUUAGCUACUGGCUUAUAUCGACCUGGUAAUAAAAAGCAUGAGGGAGACCAAGGUCUAGUGAAUCAUGCUGUUGAUGAAGACGAUGAUGUGGAGUAG